ACUACACACAUCAGUCUCUAUUUGCACGUUCACUAAAAAUGGCGGGCGUUAAACCACUGUUGGCGCGUCCCUCGUAGUUUAUUCCCGCAUAAAUCAUGCUUUUACUAAUAACUAUUUACUAUUAACAAUGAUGAAAUAAUCGAGUAUCACUAGUGUGGUAAAUAAAGUGUAAUAAGUGCUGGUGCAUGUAAAAACAGCGAAAUGGCUGAAGUGUACUCCAGAAAUAUGAUGAAAGUGGCGGUGGCGAAAAUGCUCCAAACGAUCGGCUGGAAUUCCAUAAAUUCAACCCCGCUGGAGAUCCUCACCGAUAUCAUGGUUCAAUAUGUGAUGCAGAUUGCUCGGUCAACGCAUGACUAUGCAAAUGAAUUUGGAUGCGUUAAUCCAUCUUUGGAUCAUCUUGGGUUGGCGUUUCGAGAUUUUCACGUGAGCUUAGCUGACUUGGAAGAGUAUGUCACCUAUGUUAACUUUGCUCCUCCACCGACACCUGUGCCAAAAUAUCCAGUUGCAAAGGAGAAUAAUUUGAACUUUUUGAAACCUGGCAGUAAAGAAGUGAUAACAAGGCAAGUUCAUAUACAUGAACAUUUACCGCCUAUGAUAGAAGCUCCUGAAGUCACAGAACCUGAAGUUCAAACUCCUGUAAAAAAUGAAGAAGUAGAAGAAGUUGUCACUGAUGAAUCCACAACAACUGUAUUCAAGAGACCUGCUGAUGUUUCACCAGGUGAAACAUUUAAAAAACCAAGACUGAUUGAAGAAGAGGGAAGACCCACAAGAGAAAUGAGUAGUGUCAUGAUGACGACUUCCGGUUAUAUCUCGCCGGCACGAGAAGGCAAACUCCCGGAAGCGCGCACACCUACCCCGGCGCCAGAACCACCAUCAUUAAGAACAGCAACUCCACCUCCGACAACAUCCAAAGCUCCAACAGUUAUUGACACAUUGGAUGCUCCGAAUUAUCCACCUUCAAGCGCGUUUGAUGCUCCACCUGUUAUUCCACCUCCAAAAAUCAAAGCGAAUAAAAAAGCAGAGAAACCCGAAAAGAAAAAAUCAAGUAAAGAACUAUUUAAAAACGGUGUACCACCAUCCCCGCUUGAUGAAGUCCCGAUUGUUAAAAAAGCUGAAAAGGUUAAGAAACCACCACGGGAACCGAAAGUUAAGAAACCCGGCACGCCUAAAAAGCAUCAGGUUGAUAAACUUAACACACCUCCAAAGGUCAAUAAAGCGCUGGCCGCUGCACGCAUGAAGACUGAAAAGCUCAAUACAACAAUCACACCGAUUUCAAAGGUGGAUAAAUUAUCUAAUGAACCAGAUAAGAAAAAAGCGAAUAUUUUCAAGAAGAUAUCGAAUGUUAAGGCGGAGAAAGAAGUUAAACCUCCAAAGUCUGAAAUUCGCACGCCUGGACAUUCUCCGGAUUUGAUCAUUGAUGAACCCAUUGAAACAAAGUUGAAUAUUCCUAGUGAUGUGACAAUAGAGCUUGUAAAUGCAGCGCCUGUGGUAGAUAAGGUUGAUAAGUUGUAUUUCGAUGAUGAUUCACCGCCUGGGACACCAUCAACACCAAAAACACCGGAGAUGAUGGUUCAUGCAACUCCACCUGCUGUUGUUAAAGAAAAACGUAAGCGAAAAGAUAAAACUAAGGUUAAAAAAGUGGUCAAGGCAGUGAGUCCACCGGAAAUGGAACUGGAACGGCCGAAAACACCAGAAGCGCAUAUACCUUCAAUGGUACCACCAAAUUUCCCGCAAUUCCCCAGUUUUCCGGCUUUCCCAGGCGUUGGUUUGUCUUGUCCCCCACAAUUAAUUAACCCUUUGAUACCCAUGAAUCCUAUGAACCCAUUCUUCGGUUUAAAUCCACCCGGCAUGCCGCCGUUUAUGAAUAGACCGCCUGGUUUCCCACUAAUGCCACCACUACCUCCAAAACAACCAAGUCCCGAGAUAAAAGCGAAAGUUGUCGCGGAUAGUACGUCUCAAGAAGCAUCGAGUCCUGCUAGUUCUCCACGGUUAGAAAUCACUAAGAAGAAAAAAGAUAAAAAGGAUAAAAUCAAAAAGAAGAAUAAGAAAGAUAAGUUGAAGAACAAAGGCGAGAAGAAAAAGCUUAAAGAGGAGAAGAAGGAUAAAAUCAAAAAGGAGAAAAAAAAGCGUAAAGAGAAAGAACGUGAGAAUGUCAACUUAAAGUUAACAUUGAAGAUCGGCGGAGAGAUGUCACCACGACCUGAUACACCCGAUAGAAAACUCAAUAUAAAACCUAUUAUUAAACGAGAGGAUGACAGUCCGAUCGUUGAAGUAAAACGAGAAAUCCCGGAAUUGGCGAAGAUAUCAGCUCUGGUUACCGGCCAACCCAAGCCCAAGUUAUCACCGAUUGUGCAACCAAAUAAUAUAACGCCCGAAUCAUUUCAUCUUCACGUGAAGAAGUCAAUGUUUAAACCAAACCCUAGCAAAUUUCGACCUAAAGACCCUACUAAGCCGGAGUCGACGGUUGAUACGUCGAGAUAUAUCGAUUCCGACGGUAACGAGGUGUGGAUUUGUCCAGCAUGUGGCCGGCAGGAUGACGGCAGCCCAAUGAUCGGAUGCGAUGAUUGCGAUGCAUGGUAUCAUUGGGUGUGCGUGGGAAUUCAAGUUCCACCCGACGAAACAGAAAACUGGUAUUGCCGGCAGUGCAUUGCCAAAAAACAAGAAGUUUUACACACAGACAGAAAGCAAAAGAAACGCAAAAAGAAAGAAAAGAAAGAGCACUAGUCAUUUUACAUCAUUAUACUAGCAAAACAUAUUAUUGACAUAUAUUAUCUAAAUGAUGUUCGCAAUGAUUAACUGUUUACGAAUUUUGUUGAUUAAUACUUUUUAGAAAUUCA